AUGACCAUAACGACUAAAGAUCAUCUAGGACACGCUGAAACCGCUUCUGAAGAACAUGCUAAUAUCAUCACGGAUCCUGGUUACUACUGCCUAGGAACAAUGGAUGAUCAUACAGCUCCUGUGAUGUCCCUUGACUUUCACCCUAAGAAAACCGAGAUGAUUUGCUCUAAUGAUAGCAGCGGUGUAAUCCGCUACUGGAACAUGGAUACAUUUUCUUCUCUUGAUACUUUGGAGGUGGAAGAAGGGUGCAAGCAGGUCCGGUUCCAGCCACAAGAUGGAAAAUAUCUUGCUGCAGCUAUACAAAACUUUGUGUUAAUCGUGGAUGUUGAAACUCAUACACGGAUUAUCACGGAUUUCGCACCAAUUAAUGUACUAUCUGUUUCCUGGGACACAACUGGGAAGUAUUUAGCAUCUGUUACCGAUGACUCUGUAAGCGUGUGGACAUUAGCAGAAAACAAAUUCCACGAGCUAAGUUCCGUUGGUGAAAACAGGUUCCACUCUUGUGUUUUUCACCCGAGCAAUCCCGCAAUCUUGAUCAUCGGUUGCUACAAGUCUUUGAAGCUAUGGCACUGGGUUGAUAAAAAAUUCAUCUAUUUACCGGCUCACGAAGGUCUCAUCUCAGCUCUGGCGGACUCGCCUUCAAGGGGAAUUAUUGCGUCUGGUAGCUACGAUGAGUCCAUAAAGAUUUGGAAGUCAGUCAAUCUAAUUUGA